AUGGCUCUGGCAAAGUUACCUAAAGCUUUCGGCCUUGCUGGAAACUUUAAAAAGGGUUAUUUUCCACACUUGUUUAACACCCUGGAAAAUCAGCAAUACGUGGGUCCUUUACCAUCUGCUGAAUUUUACGGUCCGAAUCAGAUGAAGCCCGAGGACCGACAUACGUUUUUAAGCAUCAGAAUGAUGAUGCAUCAAGAGCAUCAGAAUGAUGUUUUUAAUUUCCAGGAGGAAAUCGUGGCAUAUUGCAAGUCGGACGUUGAAAUACUAAUGAGAGCCUGUCUUUCAUUUAGGUCGAUGCUUCUUAACGAGUGUAAGGUUUGUCCAUUCACCGAAGCAACAACAAUAGCAUCAGCGUGUAAUAAGGUGUUUGCACGAAACUAUCUGGAAGCCGAUACAAUCGCCGUUAUUCCCCGUGGUGGUUACCGAUUGGCUGAUAAUCAAUCGGUUAUCGCUUUACAAUGGUUGUUGUGGGAGGAGAACGUACGAGGAAUCACCAUACACCACGCCGGUACAGGUCGAGAACACCUAGUAGGAGGAGGACUCAAAGUUGACGGUUUUAACGAGGAGCAGCGUCAGGUAUUCGAGUUUCACGGUUGUUACUUCCAUGGAUGCACCAGCUGUUUCAAAUUUCACCGAGACACAUCGAUUGGAGGAGGUAAAAUGGAUACCAUGCGAAAUCGUUACGAGGCCACCACCAUUAAAACGACUCGACUUCGCAACCUGGGAUUUGAAGUCAUCGAAAUGUGGGAAUGUAACUUCCGCGCAUUAUUAAAACAGAGUUGUGAAGUGCGUGAUUUUGUCGAAAACCAUCCCGUGUUGACAACAACACCAUUGAAUCCUCGUGACGGUUUUUAUGGAGGUCGAACCGGAAACACUGUUACAUACUACAAAUGUAACGAGGGUGAGCGCAUCAAAUACAUCGAUGUAUGUUCGUUGUACCCUUUUGUGUGCAAGAUCUGCAUGGUGAAAUGUAAAAUUUUACCACCCGCGCAGUUGUACCACCCCGUUCUCCCUGUCAGGAUGAAGGGAAAGUUAAUGUUCGCCCUUUGCAACAGCUGUGGUGAAAGUUCACAGCAGCGUGAGUGUUGCCAUACAGAGGAAGAACGAUUGUUCACAGGGACAUGGGUAAUUGCAGAAGUCGUGAAAGCAUUGGAAAAAGGCUACAGGAUUGUGGAAGUGUUUGAAGUGUGGACCUACGAAACGCGUCAAUACAACCAUGCGGCGGGUCAGCCGGGUUUAUUCACAGAAAUGAUGAAUAAAUUCAUCAAAAUUAAACAGGAAGCCUCCGGCUGGCCCGCGGAUUGCAUAAACGAUGUGGUGAAACAACAACAAUAUCUGGUGGAUUUUGAAGAAGCUGAAAAAGUGAAGCUAACACCGGAACGCAUCGAAAAUAACCCUGGUCUUCGAUCCCUCGCCAAAUUAAUGUUGAAUUCGUUCUGGGGAAAGUUUGGACAACGUGAAAACCAACCACAAACGACCAUCGUCAACGAUCCUCAGGAAUGCUUUGAUCUCCUUGCGCAUCCGUCGAAGAAUGUCAACAGUAUAACUCCUGUGAAUGAACAAACUGUUGUAAUCAACUGGGAGUACGCCGACGAGGCUGUGGAAUCUCUGCCUACUGUGAAUGUGGUAAUUGCAGCUUUUGUUACAGCACAGGCCCGUUUGAAGUUGUACGAAUAUCUAGAGAUGUUGGAUACACGAGUUUUAUACUACGACACCGAUUCCGUUAUCUAUGUGUCAAGCAGCCAUUUUCCAGAUCCCCCGACUGGAAAAUUCAUUGGGGACAUGACCGAUGAGCUGGAGGCUUACGGUAUCGGUUCCUACAUCACGGAAUUUGUUUCGGGCUGGCCGAAAAAUUACGCAUACUCGGUGUGGUCAACGACGAAGCAGUGUAUCGAACAUGUUUGUAAGGUGAAAGGGAUCGCCUUAACAUACAGUGCUUCUCGGCUGAUUAAUUUUGAGAAAAUUAAAUGGUUCUAG